AUGUUCACCCGUCUCCUCUCCUCUCUUCCCUCCUUCAUCUCUCCUCUCUCCCACCCUCCCUCCUUCCUCCUCGCCGCCUUCUUUGUUGCGGCGGCCGUCUCGUUCCUCAUCACGCACCGGUCUCAUCCUCCAGCUCGGGGCUCCAUCCCCUGCCUGCCGUGGCUCCCCGUCCUGGGCAGCCUCCCCUGGCUGGGAGGAGGCCUCCCUCCACACCUCCUCUUCACCCAGCUGGCCCGCAGGUACGGGUCUCUGUUUGCUCUCCACCUCGGCCCUCACUACACCGUGGUGGUUAACGACCAUCAACACGCCAGAGAGGUCCUUCUGCAGAGAGGGAGAGACUUCGCUGGACGACCGAGCAUGGUGACCACCAACCUGUUGACCAGAGGAGGUAAAGACAUCGCGUUUGCAGACUACUCUCCUCUCUGGAAGUCGCACCGUCGCCUCGUCCACAACUCCUUCACUCUGUUUGGAGAAGGAACCAGCCGACUGCAGGACAUCGUUCUGUCGUCCGUGGACAGUCUGUGUGCCGAGCUGUUGUCUAGUGGGUUGCGUGGCUUUGACCCGUCUCCAGCGGUGACCAGGGCCGUCACUAAUGUCGUGUGCACGCUUGUUUUUGGUGCUACCUAUUGCCAUGGCGAUGCUGAGCUGCAGGAGGUGAUCCGAUACAAUGACGGCAUUGUGCAGACGAUAGCCAGAGGAGGACUGGUGGACAUUUAUCCCUGGAUGAAGGUCUUUCCCAACAAAUGUCUCAGUAAACUGAAGGAGUGUAUCGCCAUCAGAGACCGACUGCUGUCCCGCAAACUGGAGGAGCACAAGGCAUCGCUGAGCGACAGUGACCCCAGUGACCUCCUGGAUGCCUUGCUAAAGGGCCAGAUGGACAGCAGGCAGGGUCUAAAGUCAUCUGGGUCAGAGGAUGAGAGGAUAACAGAUGACCAUGUCCUGAUGACAGCAGCUGAGGCUUUUGGAGCUGGAGUGGAGACGACGUCUACUACACUGCUGUGGAUCCUGGCCUAUCUGCUGCACCACCCGGAGGUCCAGGAGCGCGUGCAGAAGGAGCUGGACGAGAAUGUGGGCAGCGAGCGAGCGGUGUGUGUGUCGGACCGCGGCCGGCUGCCGUACCUGGACUGUGUCAUCAACGAGGGCAUGAGGAUCCGACCGGUCAGCCCCGUGCUGAUCCCACACACCGCCAUGACUGACAGCAGUAUUGGAGGUCACUCUGUCAGUCGUGGGACUCGUGUUUUGGUCAACAUGUGGUCGAUUCACCACAACCCCCAGCACUGGGACAAGCCCGACCUGUUCAACCCAGAUCGCUUUCUUGAUGACCAGGGCCAGCGCUUCACACCCUGCUGCUUCAUGCCAUUCGGGGCAGGACCUCGAGUCUGCGUUGGUGAAUCGUUGGCCAGGAUGGAGCUCUUCCUCUUCUUGUCCUCUCUGCUACAGCGAAUGAGCUUCUCGCUGCCAGACGGGGCUCCCCUGCCUUACCUGCAGGGGCGGCUGGGUGUGGUCUUGCAGCCGUUACCUUAUAAGGUCGUUGUCACUCCGAGAGCAGGGUGGGAGCACGGGGUAAAAUGAAAGAGGGAGGGUUCAGCUGAACGGCAGGUGAAAAAAACAAAUAUAUAUAUAUAUAUAUAUAUAUAUGUUAGUAAACAUUAAAAAUCCUCCCAUAAAAAUGAACUGAAAUAAAUUGUUUAGCAAAAAAA